AGGAAAUUGAUCGCUAUGUCAUUUUAAUCAGACGGCACAGAAGUAGCCGGAAGUCUUUAUAGAAGGAUUUGUUUAAUAGUCAUUUAUUUAUUUUUCUCUUGGUUUGGUCGAUAUUUUUAGUUAUCAUGUCGUCGCUGUUCAAGAAGAAGACGGUGGAGGAUGUCAUUAAGGAGCAGAACAAGGAGCUGAGAGGAACACAGAGGCAGAUCACGAGAGACCGAACUGCACUGGAGAAACAGGAAAAACAACUGGAGAUGGAGAUCAAGAAGAUGGCCAAAUCGGGGAACAAGGAGGCGUGUAAGGUCCUGGCCAAACAGCUGGUGCAGCUGAGAAAGCAGAAGACCAGGACGUACGCGGUCAGCUCCAAAGUCACGUCCAUGUCCACUCAGACCAAACUCAUGCACUCGCAGAUGAAGAUGGCAGGAGCCAUGGGCACCACCGCUAAGACCAUGCAAGCGGUCAAUAAGAAGAUGGAUCCUCAGAAGACUUUACAGACAAUGCAGAACUUCCAGAAAGAAACAGCCAAGAUGGAGAUGACUGAAGAGAUGAUUAACGACACGCUGGAUGACCUCUUCGAGGACUCGGGAGACGAGGAAGAAUCUCAGGACAUCGUGAACCAGGUGCUGGAUGAGAUCGGCAUCGAGAUCACCGGAAAGAUGGCCCACGCUCCCGCUGCUAGCCGAACCAGACCCGCCGCCUCCACCUCCAAAGCAGAUGGGAUAUCGGACGAGGAGAUCGAGAGACAGCUAAAAGCUCUCGGAGUGGACUAACGGCGUUAGAUGUACAUCUCUGAACACACACACACACAAAUAUAUAUAUAUAUAUAUAUACACACACACUACUGAACUCUCAGCCUUGACAUUUGCAGUCACAUCAACAUGCCUACUUCUCGGGGAAAAAGUGCCACAGCAGGAAAAAUUCGAUCCGGUUGUCACCAUAAGACUCCUAACACCGAGCCACUGUUUGAAAACUAAUAAUAAUAAAAUAGCGUGUACAUUUUUACCAACUGUUCAUAUAUAAAUAUAUAUAUACAGUUUUGAACGCAUGCCUGCACAUCAUUGGUUUUAUUCACUGUUCCAUUAAAUUUAUAUCGGAAUGCAUGAGAGGUUGAGAGCAAAUCAUAAAGCAAAAAACAAAAACAAAACAAAAACUUUCCUUAUAAUUUUUCCCUCAACUCUCAAGAGAGAUCUACCUCCAAUAACAAUACUGGCACUCUACUUCAGGAGCUGUUUUUUUUUUUCCCCCGUCUUUUUUUAUUUCUUUAUUUUAUUCUUUAAAAAAAAAACACACACACUAAUCUCCGAUCUCCGGCACAUCAGUAGCACAUCUGGUUUGAAACGACUUCCCAGCUACUGUUGAGUGAUUUAUCCCUUCGUCGUGUCUCCCAGCUACCUGUCUGCCUGAUUGCUUUUCCCGGAUUUAUUUUUUUCGUUUUUUUUUCUCUCAGUCGAAUCACAAGAAUAAGAGCUAACAAAGCAGAAAAUUCAGCAGAUUGCACGAUCAAGCUAGAUAACGGCCUCCCUUUUUUUUUAAAAAAAAGAAAAAUUAUUUUAUUCUUUUUUUGGGGCAAAUCUUCACCACGUUUACGGUAAAAUAGAACAAUUUUUUUUUUUAUAUCAUUUUUGAUUUUGUUUAUUUAUUUUUUCCUCUUUGCUGUAAUUUUUCUUUUGUUAAAAAUGUAUAUUAAUUUUAUUCUUUUGGCCAAAUCUUCACUACAGCUUCGUUAAAAUAGAACAAUUAAUUUUUCUCUUUUUUUUUAAAUUUUUUUUUUAAAUUAAUUUAAUUUUAUUUUUUUUAAUGAUAUAAAUGCUGGUGCUGUCUGAAGCAUCGCUGUUCAUUAAGCUUGUUUUAGGACUGCUAAGAACAAGCCUUGGUAGACCCCAGACCAACUUCGUGGUCAGUUUGGAUGGGAAAAGUACAGCUCCUCAUUAUCUGCCGAGAAGGAUUUGUAGGAUGAAGGAUCGAGCCCCGCCCCCUGCCCCCCUCAUGAGCUUGUUGUUCGGCGUCUCUGAAUUUAAUUCAACCGUUUAUCGCUGUCGAGGCUGAGCUCAGUCUCGCAGCAAGCAGGUUUAAUUAAAAUCACAAUCUGCAUUGGGAUUUCAUUAACAACGGCUCUGUUUGAAUCUAAUUUUAACCUCACACCCAGGCACAAUCCACUGUGUCGAGAAUCCCUCGGUAGUCUUUAUAAAUGUGUAAAUAGUACAGGUACAGAUUAGUUAUUGAUUUGUUUUGGUUUAUUUUUUUCUUAUUCAUAGCCAUAUUUAUCAGUUGUUCCGGGAUACCGCGAUUUCUUCAACAGCUAUGGGAGUUUUUUUCAUUGUUAAUCGUAAAUAAAGCGCCUUUUUAACUAUCA